CAUUUAUUCAUAAUAUGAUUUAAUUUGUUUAUUAUACAUAUCACCCCAGACAUAAAGUAAUUGAAUGUUUCACAAAAUCAAAAUUUUAUAUUAAAUAGAUAGACUUGUAUAUAGAUGUUCAAAGAAGACAUUAAAUAUAAAUAUAUUGCAAUAAAAGUUAUUUUCAAUAUUAACAAAUAUUAGUAUAUUUAUCUAGUCUGUUUUAAUGAAUACACAUUGAGCAAUAUGUUUCUGUUGCUGUAGUAUUACUAACUAUAAGAACUGAGAUAGAAGUUGUUUCAGAUAUCAAAAAUAUUAUGUUUUAUAUUGUCUUUAUAUAAGUUUAUAAAAGGCACAGAUAAAAAUAAUGAUCUUUUAGUAUAUACAGUCAACUAAUUAUAAUCAGAUCUAAAUUAGUGAAGGUACAGAUUAUAUGUUGCUUGCACAGUUAUUUUCUAAAAUAUUUGGGUUUAGAAUAUUUAUCUCAGUUAUUAUAACAGUUAAUAGAUUUAAAAACUUUUCAUGCUUAGAUUGUGGAAGGGUUAAGAAAUAAAUAAGACAGACUGGCUUGAGUGAAAAGAGUGAAUGUGAUUCUUUCAAAUAAAUACUAAUGUUUACAUUUUUUUCCAAUCUUAGUGACGGUCUGCACAUUUGGAAUCAUCUGCUUACCGAGGAUACUAUGUCGAAGGUUAAGCGAGAUUGAAUUGUCACAGAGCAUUACAGUCACGUCGUAUAAAUGAUACAAUGAGACUUUUUUUUAUAUUCAAUUAUAAUUUAAUAUAUUUUCAUGAGUUUCAUUUUUCACAAAUUUUUUAUUUACUGUUUUGAUUGCUUACACGUAUAACAUAUAUGGGUCGAUAAAUUCUCAUUGUAUCACACAUUUCUCGUGAGGACAUAAAUAUUGAAACAUAGUAUGAGUGGUUGGUGUGCAAAUAUUAUUAAUAACAAGAAUGAGUUGAUUUUUAGAUGGCUAAAGUAUUUUUCGAUGUGGAAGACAUGAGCAGGACAGUGCUCCCUAUGGCACCAAAUUUUCACGUGGUAAGACGCCAGACAUCGGUUCUAGGACAUAUACCGUGAUUAUGCGGGAACAGUUAUUGAAAGGAGAAGAAACUGAGUUAAGAAAAAAAUUAGCAGAAAAAGCCAAAGAGGGAACAUUGAAAGCAAAUGGUGAACCUAAACCUGCACCUAAGAAAAGAGGUCGUUGGGACCAAACAGAUGAUGCUCCAACACCUAAGAAACCAUCUGGUACAACUGCAACACCAACAUCAUGGGACAAUGCAGAUGUAACACCUGCUGCAAUUAGGUGGGAUGAAACGCCUGGCCAUGGUAAAGGUGGAGAAACUCCUGGUGCAACACCAGGCGUAAGUACAAGAAUGUGGGAUGCUACUCCAGGACAUGCAACGCCUGGUGCAGCUACUCCUGGUAGAGAAACUCCUUCUCAUGAAAAAACUGUUUCAAGUCGUAGAAAUCGUUGGGAUGAGACGCCAAAAACUGAACGCGAAACACCUGGUCAUAGCAGUGGUUGGGCAGAGACUCCAAGAACAGAUCGAGUUGCAGGAGAUUUAAUUCAGGAGACACCAACACCUUCUGCUAGCAAACGUCGAAGUCGAUGGGAUGAAACACCUUCAAAUCAGACACCUGGGUCUAUGACACCACAAACUCCAGCAACUCCUCUUACUACACCACAUCAAACUUCAAUUUUAACACCUAGUGGUGUAACACCAACAGGGCCUAAAGCUAUGGGAUUGGCAACUCCAACACCAGGACAUUUAAUGUCAAUGACACCAGAACAGCUUCAAGCAUAUCGUUGGGAACGAGAAAUCGAUGAGAGAAAUAGACCACUCUCAGACGAUGAACUGGAUGCCCUGUUCCCACCUGGAUACAAAGUUUUGCAACCACCUGCGGGAUAUAUUCCAAUUCGCACACCUGCAAGGAAACUCACUGCUACACCGACGCCUAUUGCGGGCACACCACAAGGAUUUUUCAUUCAAACUGAAGAUAAAACUGCGAAAUUCGUAGACAAUCAACCAAAAGGAAAUUUGCCUUUUAUGAAACCAGAAGACGCACAAUAUUUUGAUAAGUUAUUGGUCGAUGUUGAUGAAGAAACGCUUAGUCCUGAAGAACAGAAAGAGAGAAAGAUAAUGAAGCUACUAUUAAAAAUUAAAAAUGGCACACCACCAAUGAGGAAAGCUGCUUUAAGACAAAUUACAGAUAAAGCAAGAGAAUUUGGCGCGGGUCCUUUAUUUAAUCAGAUACUCCCUCUUCUUAUGUCUCCUACACUUGAAGAUCAAGAACGUCAUCUUCUUGUGAAGGUUAUUGAUCGUAUUCUUUAUAAACUGGAUGAUUUAGUUAGACCCUACGUACAUAAGAUUUUGGUCGUUAUUGAACCUUUACUUAUUGAUGAAGAUUAUUAUGCUCGUGUCGAAGGUAGAGAAAUUAUCUCUAAUUUAGCUAAAGCAGCUGGUUUGGCAACGAUGAUCUCGACUAUGAGACCAGAUAUUGACAAUAUUGAUGAAUACGUUCGUAACACGACAGCCAGAGCAUUCGCUGUGGUCGCAUCAGCUCUAGGAAUUCCUUCUUUGCUUCCAUUUCUUAAAGCCGUGUGUCGCAGCAAAAAGUCAUGGCAAGCUCGUCAUACGGGUAUCAAAAUUGUACAACAGAUUGCUAUUCUUAUGGGAUGUGCUAUAUUACCACAUUUGAAGAGUUUGGUUGAAAUUAUAGAACAUGGUCUCGUUGAUGAGCAACAGAAAGUUCGUACUAUCACUGCUUUAGCAAUUGCUGCAUUGGCAGAAGCAGCCACACCAUAUGGUAUCGAGAGCUUUGACUCUGUUCUAAAACCGCUUUGGAAAGGUAUUCGUACACAUAGAGGAAAAGGUCUUGCUGCAUUCUUAAAAGCUAUUGGUUAUUUAAUUCCUCUUAUGGACGCCGAAUAUGCCAAUUAUUAUACUCGUGAGGUGAUGUUAAUUCUUAUUCGUGAAUUCCAGUCUCCUGAUGAAGAAAUGAAAAAGAUUGUUCUGAAAGUAGUGAAACAAUGUUGUGGAACAGAUGGUGUAGAAGCACAAUACAUUAAAGAUGAAAUCCUCCCACAUUUCUUCAAACAUUUUUGGAACCAUCGAAUGGCUUUAGAUCGUAGAAAUUACAGACAGCUUGUUGACACGACUGUAGAAAUUGCAAAUAAAGUUGGUGCAUCAGAAAUUAUAAAUCGUGUGGUAGACGAUUUAAAAGAUGAAAACGAACAGUAUAGGAAGAUGGUUAUGGAAACCAUUGAGAAAAUAAUGGGAAAUUUGGGAGCCGCGGAUGUUGAUUCUCGUUUGGAAGAACAACUCAUUGACGGUAUUUUAUAUGCUUUCCAGGAACAAACAACAGAGGAUGUUGUAAUGUUAAAUGGUUUUGGAACUAUUGUGAAUACAUUAGGAAAAAGAGUGAAAGCAUACCUUCCACAAAUUUGUGGAACAAUUUUGUGGAGAUUGAACAAUAAAUCUGCAAAAGUAAGACAACAAGCUGCUGACUUGAUAUCACGAAUUGCCGUUGUCAUGAAAACUUGUCAAGAGGAAAAACUAAUGGGUCAUUUAGGUGUCGUUCUUUAUGAAUAUUUGGGAGAAGAGUACCCUGAGGUAUUAGGAAGCAUUUUGGGCGCAUUGAAAGCUAUUGUAAAUGUCAUAGGAAUGACAAAAAUGACACCACCUAUUAAAGACUUACUACCACGUCUUACUCCUAUUCUGAAGAACAGGCAUGAAAAGGUACAAGAAAAUUGUAUUGAUCUUGUAGGUAGAAUCGCAGACAGAGGACCCGAGUAUGUAUCCGCCAGAGAAUGGAUGAGAAUAUGCUUCGAACUUUUAGAAUUGCUCAAAGCUCACAAGAAAGCGAUUCGAAGAGCUACAGUAAAUACAUUUGGUUAUAUUGCCAAAGCAAUAGGACCUCAUGAUGUAUUAGCAACCCUCUUGAAUAACUUAAAGGUACAGGAACGUCAAAAUCGUGUAUGCACUACAGUAGCCAUAGCUAUUGUAGCUGAAACCUGUAGUCCAUUUACGGUACUUCCUGCUUUGAUGAAUGAAUAUAGAGUACCAGAACUAAACGUACAAAAUGGUGUAUUAAAGUCUUUAUCCUUUUUGUUUGAAUAUAUCGGAGAAAUGGGAAAAGAUUACAUUUACGCUGUUAGUCCACUACUAGAAGAUGCGCUCAUGGACAGAGAUUUAGUGCACAGGCAAACUGCAUGUGCUGCUAUUAAACACAUGGCACUGGGUGUUUAUGGAUUUGGUUGUGAAGACGCAUUAAUACAUUUAUUGAAUCACGUAUGGCCCAAUGUUUUUGAAACUUCACCUCACUUGGUGCAAGCAUUUAUGGACGCUGUAGAUGGUUUACGUGUUGCUCUUGGGCCAAUUAAAAUACUACAAUACACUUUGCAGGGAUUGUUCCAUCCAGCACGAAAAGUACGAGAUGUAUAUUGGAAAAUUUAUAAUUCUCUUUAUAUAGGUGGACAAGAUGCUCUUGUAGCUGGUUAUCCUCGAAUUAUGAAUGAUCCAAAGAAUCAGUAUAUUAGAUACGAAUUGGACUAUGUUUUGUAAUGAUUUUAAAGUAUAUGUAAGAGAUGUUGUAUCAUACAUUUAUAUAAUCUCCGUAGAAAUUAGCAUCUUUCGCUUAUUAUUGUUUAUAAACCAGCUAAAAUAAUUGUAUGUUCUUAAAUGUGACGCAAAAGAUAUAGACAACAGUAUUUAUUUCUUGGACUUCUUUAAACAAAUUAUAUAUAAAUUCUUCUAAAUUAGAAAUUGAUUCUGAUUACAAAUUUGCAUAAAAAGAGAUAUUUGUCAGUCCGUAUAUAAAUAAAAUGUUUCAUAUUCUAAA